CAGAUAAUGGGAGGAGCCCGGCCGGGGGCAGUUCUUUCCUUUCGGCGCUGCGGCCGCAGCCAUGAGCAUGCUCAGGCUUCAGAAGAGGCUUGCCUCCAGUGUCCUCCGCUGCGGCAAAAAGAAGGUCUGGUUGGACCCCAACGAGACCAAUGAAAUUGCCAAUGCCAACUCCCGUCAGCAGAUCCGAAAACUGAUCAAAGAUGGGCUGAUCAUCCGGAAGCCUGUGACUGUUCAUUCCCGGGCUCGGUGCCGUAAAAACACUUUGGCCCGCCGGAAGGGCAGACAUAUGGGCAUUGGUAAGAGAAAAGGUACUGCCAAUGCUCGGAUGCCUGAGAAGGUCACCUGGAUGAGGAGGAUGAGAAUUCUGCGCCGGCUGCUCAGAAGAUACCGUGAAUCUAAGAAGAUCGACCGCCACAUGUACCACAGCCUGUACCUGAAAGUGAAGGGGAACGUGUUCAAGAACAAGCGGAUUCUCAUGGAACACAUCCACAAGCUGAAGGCUGACAAGGCUCGCAAGAAGCUUCUGGCUGACCAGGCUGAGGCCCGCAGAUCUAAGACCAAGGAGGCUCGCAAGCGCCGUGAAGAGCGGCUCCAGGCCAAGAAGGAGGAAAUCAUCAAGACUCUGUCCAAGGAGGAAGAGACAAAGAAAUAAAACUCCCUCUCUUUUGUCUGUACAUAAAGGCCUCGGCAGUAACACAGAUCAGUUACUCAAUAAAACCAACCUUUAUCUGC